AGUGGGAUGCUCCCAGGCUCAGUGAAAUGCAAGCGCGGGAGUAAGAGACCCUGAAAGCUCCAUUUAUACCUACGUAAUUUCGUUUGAUUAUUCAAACAGAGAGCUCGAGCAUGGCGUCUAAGUGUCCUAAGUGCGAGAAGACCGUGUAUUUCGCGGAGAAGGUGACUUCUCUGGGGAAGGAUUGGCACAAGUUCUGCCUCAAGUGUGAGCGCUGCAACAAGACCCUGACAGCAGGUGGCCAUGCUGAGCAUGACGGGAAGCCUUACUGUCACAAGCCGUGCUAUGCUGCCCUCUUUGGGCCAAAAGGUGUUAACAUUGGGGGAGCAGGAUCCUAUGUGUAUGAGACCCCUGUCAGUAACAACCCACCUCCAGCCACCUCCGUGGACUCAGCAUCCAAACCUGAAGAGAAGAGGAUCCCAGCAACCAGCAAGCCACCGUCUAAAGCUGGAAGCAUCACCACCUUUUCUGGAGAGGCCAGCAUGUGCCCCAGAUGUAACAAGAAGGUCUACUUCGCCGAGAAGGUGACGUCUCUGGGUAAAGACUGGCAUCGGCCCUGUCUGCGCUGUGAGAGGUGCAGCAAGACUCUGGCAGCAGGCAGUCAUGCAGAGCAUGAUGGCCAGCCCUACUGUCAUAAACCAUGCUAUGCUGUGCUCUUUGGGCCAAAAGGAGUGAACACAGGUGGUGUCGGCAGCUACAUCUAUGACAAGGAGCCCAACACAGAGGCCCAGCCAUAAACCUGCAUCUUCGCAACCUCUCUACUCUACAAUCACAAACCUCCACUACAAACACAGCCACUACCAUCAGCUCACACAUGCUCAUACACACCCCACACACCCCAACCUCCAGCCAUGCCUACUGAAACCAGUGCCAACGUGGAUCUCUCUGCAAAAGUGAUGCCACAUACUGCAACCUUUUCUUAUUUUACUACUUUACCCUUUUUUUACUAUGCCUGAUCACUUAGUUUUGAGUGAAACAGUCCUGCUCCUGCACUCUAAUGGCACAGUCUGCAGUGUGCCAACGGCAUGUGACGCAAGAACUUGCCUACAAGAAGUCAUUAAUCUGACCACCUUGUCACCUACUCUGUCUGUUACGUUUUCUAUAAGUUUAUAUACACUAUAUGUCCAAAACUUUUCAGACACCCCUCCUCAUAAGUACGUUUAACUACUUUAAGGUGUACCCAUUGCUGACACAGAUGUUCAGCUGCACUCACAUGUGUAUAAUAUCAAUAGAAAAGCAUUGCCAAUAGAAUACUCUGGAGCAGCCACACAUGAGCCUAAUGUCACCUUGUCCAAAUUCAAGCAUCAGCUAGAGGGGUAUAAAAAAACUCUUCAACAGUGGGCUGUAGGCAGUGGCACUGUGGUUUGUGGAGUGAUGGAGCACCAUACAAUACUUUUGGGAUGAGUUGGAGUGCAGUUUGAGAUCCAUAACUAAUCAUUCAACAUUAGUACCUGACCUCACCAAUGCUCUUGUUGCUGAUUGCAAUUGAAUCCUCACAGCAGUUUUACUCUUUCAGAGGAGUAGAAGCUGUUACUGCAAUAAAGGGAAGACAAGCUCCUUGUUAAUACCCUUGAUUGCAGAUGUCUACAAACAUUUGGACAUAAAGUGUAUGUCUUCUUAAAGGUAAAGCAAUAGUUUGGUGAAAAAUGAAACUUCCACUUGCAUUAAAUGCAGUGCAUUAGCCAAGAAAAGUUUUGUGUCCGAGGUUUGCUUGUGUAGUUUUGCACUGAAGCUACAAGAUUAAAUGGUAGAUAUUAGUGAAACUACAAGGCUAAAUGGUAGAUAUUAGUGAAACUGCAAGGCUAAAUGGUAGAUAUUAGCUUCUAUUGCAUUGUUAGCUAUGUUAUCCUCCGGUGCAAGCUAAAGAAGCUAACUUCAGACACCAAACAUUGUGUAAAUUAGAUUUUUUAUCAAAAUAUUGCUUUAAAGUAGUGCUAGAUCUCAGCUUCUUCCAAUAUAAAACAAUAGGGCCUGGCCACUUUACACCUUUGUCUACAUUGCAUUGAUAUCAGCUAAAUAUAACAAAGACAAAAGUUCUAAGGGAGCUUUUUUUCAGAUGUGGUGGAGCCGGGUUGUUUUAAUGGUCUGCUGACAUGCAGAUCAAUCUCACCUCAGAGCCUCCUCACACAGGUGCAGCACAGGAGCACUUUGCCAUAAAUCUAUGAGAUAUUCACCAACCAAGAUUUGCUCUUUGGCUGCCUAACAGCAUUCCUAAGUCAAAGUAUUUUAGCUUUAGUUUAAAAUUUACACCGACAGUAAAGACUCUUAUUUUAAGAGGGUGCAGACUCCUGUAUAUGUUAAAGCUCACAGCGUGUUGAGAGGUACAGAGGGCUUUGUGAUAGGUGCCUACUGAUUGAGUAGCUGAGACAACUAUUUAUGGGGCUGUUUUCGAACAUUGGCCUAAGAUCAAGGAGUAAAAGAAACGAAUAAGCUGUUCAGUGAAUUGUGUGGUCUGAAUAUUAGAGAACUGCCCGCAUAUCUCCUUGUGAUGAAACUACAUACAUUUGCAAGUAGAAAGUAGCUGAUAGAAACCUUUAAGUUAAACUUUAAUGACAAUACGUUCUUAUGGAAUGUGCAUUAGUACUCAAUGACUGUUAUUGCCAUGAUAUUUGUUCGCUGUAGUAGGGUUGUAUAUUUCUAAGGACUAACUGUUCCUUGAUCAUAGACAGCCCACACUUAAGUCCUGCUGCUUGUGUCUUUUUAAUCCCAUAUUAAAGUUUAUGUAUGGCUCUUCCGUGCACUGCUCAUCUAUUUAGAAUAUAUUUUUUUACCACUACUUUUAUGUGAAUGUCAUUUGGAUAAGGAAUACAUUUACCAGCCACUGUAUUAGGUAGUUAUUUUUUUUGUUAGCUACUUUGUAUGUACACUCCUUGUCCAUUUUCAGGUUCACUUGCUUAGGAGCAUUCUGUAGUGAAAUUAUAGAUAAAUCUGUUUCUCUACAUAA